AAAAAAAAAGACAUGGACAUCGAAAUCCUAAAAACACGUUUUUACUACACGUUUGUCAUGUUUUUAUUACACUUUCAGUUUGUGCCUUGUUUUUGUUACACUACAUAUUUGUUCGGAGAUUCCCUUGUUGAUGCAGGGAAUAAUAACUAUCUGUUUACAUUGUCAAAGGCAGAUUCUCCUCCUUAUGGUAUCGAUUUUACACCCUCCGGCGGACAGCCUACUGGAAGAUUCACUAACGGCCGUACCAUAGCAGAUAUCUUUAAUUUUUUAUUUAAUUUGAUUUGUUCAGGUGAAGCUCUAGGAGCGAAAUCAUUUACUUCACCUUAUCUAAAACCCGAUUCAGCUGCCGAUGCAUUUGACAGUGGAAUCAAUUAUGCUUCAGGAGCAUCAGGGAUCUUGGAUGCUACAGGAACUCUUUUUAUAGGACGAUUGCCAUUGAAUGUGCAGAUCAGCAAUUUUGAGAAAACGAGAGAGUACAUGGUGAAUACUGUGGGAGAAAAUGGCACAAGCAGUUUCUUAAAGGAUGCGAUUUUCUCUCUAACAACUGGCUCCAACGAUGUUAUCAAUUAUUUCCAAUUUUUCAGCGCCAACGUUUCUCGAUCUGCUUUCCAGGAUUUCAUGCUUUAUAAUUUGACAAUGCAGCUUAAGCGGUUGCAUGGAUUAGGGGCACGUAAAUUUGUUGUUGUUGGCAUUGGACCUCUCGGAUGCAUUCCUUUUAUUCGAGCUACAAAUCUUAUUCCGAGUGGACGAUGCUCUGAUAAUAUUAACGCUUUCGUUAUGGGCUACAAUCAGAAACUAAAACGGGAGCUCGAUCAAAUGAACACAAACAUGGGUCCGAAUGCUGUGUUUGUAUAUGCCAAUUCAUACGACAUUUUCAUGCAACUCAUCCUUAACUACCCCAACUACGGAUUUGACAACAGUGAUGGGCCUUGCUGUGGAGGAUAUAUCCCACCAUUCUUUUGCUAUAAAGGGAAAGAUGAUGCUGCUGACAUCACGAGUUCUUCACUGUGUGGUGAUAGAAAAAGAUAUGUGUUUUGGGAUGCAUACCAUCCUACAGAAGCUGCUAAUUUGGCUGUAGCUGAUAAAUUAUUGAAUGGUGAUCAAACUAAUUGCUCCCCUAUGAAUAUUCGCCAGCUCUACACUCAUGUCUUCACUACUUUACAUGAUUAAAACCGAUUAGAUAAAAUGUCAUGAUUGCUUAGUUGAUCAACUUUAUUUAGGGUUUGUUUUAUUUAUU